AUAUAUUGAUAUAUUUAUAUUCUCGCCUAUUACUACGCAACAAAAACUCAAGCCCACUCGAGUAACAAUAGCCGUCAAUAUUUCCGUUUACUGUAUGAGCGUUGAGUGAGUGAUUGAGUCAUUGAGCACACACACACACAUACAAUUUUGUGCUUUAAAUGUGACUUUGUGUAUUUUUUUUUUUUUUUUUUGGCUGCCUCGUUCAUUUUGGCUAUGAUGUCAUCAUUUAAUUUGAAAUAUGAUUAUAAAACUUGUGUUGAUUUGCAGAGAAUCUACAUCAAUCGUUUCGAAUCCAUUUAUAAUCGAUGCAAGAGAAAGAAUUUCUCAAAUAGAAAUGAUAAACGCUAUUUUCUAACACUUGUACACGAUAUUCGAAAAUUACAUCAAAUAUUAUUGUGCCAAUUCAAUGUAACGAGUGAUUUUGUACAAAAUCGUUUCGAAUCCAAAGUCAAUGAAUUGAUUCAAUUAUAUGAUUUGAAGCUUUUGGAUUAUGAUGCUUGGGUUGAUGAUGGCAAUCAUUAUGGUGGUGGUAAUCAUGCUGGUGAUGAUGAUAAUAACGUUACCGACAGCACAUCGAAAGAACGAACUUCGAUUUCAAACCAUUUCGGACAACUGGAACCUAUGGUCAGUAAAAAAGAGCUUUUGGAAUUAUUUCGGAAAUUGACUCGUGAUACGAAUCGCAAAGGACAUUGUCCAGCAUGUUUUUAUAUUGGAUAUCGCCGUUAUCAUACAAUUUCCAGAUGUAAAAGUAUUGAACUUGCAUAUGAAGUUUACAAACAAAAUGAAAACGUAUUGCUUUCGAAUAAGACUUUGUCUGAUUCUUACUCUGAUUUUGAUAACGUUUCCGAUUAUGAUGGUGAUACAUUAUUAUUUGUAAACAGUGGUCGAAAUCAAACCCCAUCAAAAAUUUUACAUCCUAAACCGAUUAUCGCUCAUGUUGGCAAUAAAUUCAAGCACAAUUCAAUUGCUAAUCAAAGUGAAUCAUUAACUAAAUCAAUGGAUGAAUUAGCCAUAUCGAAUUGUUUGAAUACUGACUGGAAGGCCGGAAUCAAUCGAUCUUUAUCAUCACCGAUGAUUUCAAUUGAUUCUUCAACCAUAAUGGUUAAUUUGAUCAGUAAAUGCAAGAAUCAAAUGGAACCAUCAAUCAAAGCAAUGUUAAAUUAUGAUUUCAACGCCAAUUAUAUUCUCAGAAGCUUUCUUGAUAAUUUGAAAAACAAUUUCAAUUAUGGCGAUAUAAAGUUUGAUGAUUUUCCCAAAGAUAUCUCCAAACGUAUUAUUUAUAAAAGAAUCGGUAUCAUUUCAAUCAAUGUAGGAAUCGGUCUUUUUCAUGAAUCCAUUGAAUUUAUCGUUUUGGAUGGUGAUAAAAAACGUUUAAAUGAUAAUGGUUUUAAUGACAUUUUUCGAAAUUUGCAUCGUUUUGGAAUGGUUAUUUCAUGUGAAGAAUUGAAAAAAUUUUUAAUCAAUAUAUCGAAAAACACAUCUUCUUACAAUAUUGAUCUGAAACAAUCAGUAAAAAUGAUCGAUUACUGUUUUAAAAAUUUGGUUAAUGCUAAUGGUUGCACUGUUACGAUUCCGUCAUUCAUCCCAUCAUUAUUGCCGCAAACAAUAUCAAAUGAUACAGAAGAAAUGAAAGAAAUUGUUCUUGGUUCUGGUAUACAUUUUAAAGUAAAACCAAUGAAUCCUAUAUCCAAUCCUUGGAUGAAUAAAUUGUUGAGAGCUCGAAUUCUAGCACCCAUCAUUCAUCAAUUGGAUCAUGUUUCUCAAUCAAUGCCCAUUCAAAUUAAUGUGAAAAAUGUUCCUAUCGAAACCGAUAUCACCGCCAUUAGUACCGCUUAUUGCAUUGAUCCAAACAUAAAAAUCUAUUAUCAUUUUGAAACAGCCAUAGCUGAUGGAUUAGUUUCAAUCGAAUCCCAAGAAAAUGUGGCUAAAUAUGAUAAUGUAAUCAUUUAUCUUAUUGUUGGCGAAUUUCCUUCUACAUCACUUCAAAAAUUGGAUAACAACAAUGAACAAUGUGAUGCCACUACUCAUCGUUCACUGUUGUUCAAAUUUCAGCCAUCCAACUUUAUCAUAAUCGAAAAGAUUAAUACAUUUGAUGAUUGUGAUGAAUCACGUGAAUUGUUAAUUGCAAACUAUAUCCGUAUUAAUGUGAAACCAAAAUGUCCAUAACAAUUGAAUAUUGUGUGGAAAAUAAAUUUAAUAUUUCCAUUUCCAUCUACAUCUAUAUAUUAAGCCUUAUUGAUUCAUUGUUUCUUUCGUGCUUAAUGUUUUUUUUUGUUCAAAUUAAAAUGUCAAAUCUCUAA